GUCACUUGUCUCACAAUGUGCUCGGAGACAGCACUUCCGAUAUGCAGGAACGCCCCUGGGGACUUAUAAGAACCCAGCCUGUUCGGUACCAGUUCUUCAUCCUCACUCAAUAUCAAUCGUCCAUCAUGGCUUCCCGCUUCCUUCUGCUUGUUCCGGCGUUGGCUACGGCCGCUCUCGGGAGUGUACUGGACCUGGAUAUCAAGGUCAGAAACGGCUAUAGAACAAUCGAGGUGGACUUGGGAACCCCGGGCGGUCCAUUUGAUGUGCUGUACGACACUGGAUCGUCCACCCUAUGGGUACUGGACAGCGAUUGUACGACCGAGUGUAUCAACGUGAGCGGAUAUCCCCGACACGGGUACAAUCUGACCUCAACCGGCGUGAACUUGGGCGUCAAUGACACCAAUGAGUACACGGGAGGCAGCAUCAGCGGCUACGCGGCCACAGAUAUCUUCACGGUCCCCAACACCAACGUGUCCUAUCGGCAAAGCUUUGCCGUCAUCACCGACAGUACGUGGACAGCUUUGGCAGCCGAUGGGUUCCUGGGCCUGGCAUCUAGCUCCAUCGCAUUCAGAAACACGACUGCUCCUUUCGAGCAGAUGAUGCAAGAUGGCCUGUUGGAUAAGCCCCGUUUUGGCAUCUACCAAGGCUCAGGAGUAUCAACCAUGGCCAACCCGAAUCCGGAGAACAAUGGCGUGUUUACCUUUGGUGGCAGUCACGAAGACACCUAUGCAGAAGGUGAGCUGCAAUGGAUGGAGAUGUUGUCCCCAUUCGAGAUCUACAAGACCCCCCUCAUGGGACUGCAGGGGCACAACAGUUCCAAUGGCCAGAACUGGUCGAGUGAUGUUUUGACUCUGUAUGGCAACGCUAUUUUCGAUACUGGCGCUGGGUCUAUAAACGUUCCCGAGGACCAAAUCGACGACUGGUACGCUUUGACGCCAUUGAACUAUUCCGCCAUCUCGUCCGGAUACCGACCUUUGUGCUCUGAGUUCAACGAGACAUGGUCCAUGUCGUUUACGCUUGGAUUCUACGGCGAAGGCGUGACAUUCAACCUUACUGGCGACCAGUUGGCCGUUCCGGGCUAUCAGGACGACGACCACUGCUUCCCUCCUUUUAUUCCCUGGGGUAGCGAGAACACGAUCAUUGGGCAGUACUGGUUGAGCAAUUUCUACGCCGCCUUUGACUUUGGAUCUUUCGAUCAAGAGUCGUACGAUAUCCAUGUGGGUCUGGCACCCUUGAAGAAGGAAUAUCUCCCGAAGGCUUAGUGCUAUAUGUCAAUGGGUUACGGACUGUGAAGUUAGCUUCAUUAGAGCUUACCAGAAAAAUACAACAGUUAUU